AAUUGUCUGCUUCUGAUUUAACUUCAUUGCUUCUCAGGUUCCAAGAAAGAGAAAAAAAAUGAAGAUUUUCUUGCUUGGUAUUUUUUUGUUUUUCUGCUUUGUUGCCCUAGCCCGGGCAAAAGAUAAGCAUUAUUACCUUGGAAUUGUGGAAACAACUUGGAAUUAUGCCUCUGAAAAUGGGGAAAAGAAACUUAUUUCCACUGACACGGAUCAUUACAAUACCUACCUUCAAAAUGGUCCAAAUAGAAUUGGAAGAGUAUAUAAGAAGGCUCUUUAUCUUCAGUACACAGACAGCAGCUUUAAGACAAUUAUAGAAAAACCAGCCUGGCUGGGGUUUUUAGGCCCUAUUAUCAAAGCUGAGACUGGAGAUAAAAUUUUUGUACACUUAAAAAACUUGGCCUUUAGACCCUUCACUUUUCAUCCUCAUGGGACAACUUACUAUAAGGAACAUGAAGGGGCCAUCUACCCUGAUAACACAACAGAUUCUCAAAAAGCAGAUGACAAAGUGUAUCCAGGCAAGCAGUAUGUGUACAUAAUGCAUGCUGACAAAGAACAAAGUCCUGGUGAGAGUGACAGCAACUGUGUGACCAGGAUUUACCAUUCGCACGUUGAUGCUCCAAGAGACAUCGCCUCAGGACUCAUAGGACCUUUAAUAGUCUGUAAAAACGGUUCUCUGGAUAAAGAAAAAGAAAAAAGUAUUGACCGAGAAUUUGUACUGAUGUUUUCUGUGGUGGAUGAAAAUCUCAGCUGGUACCUAGAAGAAAAUAUUAAAACUUACUGCUCUGAACCAGAGAAAGUUGACAAAGACAAUGAAGACUUCCAGGAGAGUAACAGAAUGUAUUCUGUGAAUGGAUACACUUUUGGAAGUCUCCCAGGACUCACCAUGUGUGCAGAGGACAGAGUGAAAUGGUAUCUUUUUGGUAUGGGUAAUGAAGUUGAUGUACAUGCAGCUUUCUUUCAUGGACAAGCUUUGACUAACAAGAACUACCGUAUUGAUACAAUCAAUCUCUUUCCUGCGACCCUUUUUGACGCGUUUAUGGUGGCCCAGAACCCUGGAGAAUGGAUGCUUAGUUGUCAGAAUCUAAACCAUCUGAAAGCUGGCUUGCAGGCCUUUUUCCAAGUACAGGACUGUAAGAAGCCAUCAUCAGAGCUGCCAUCAUCACAUAGCCUUGGAAAACAUGUUAGACACUAUUACAUUGCUGCUGAGGAAAUCAUCUGGAACUAUGCACCCUCUGGUACAGACAUCUUCACCAAAGAAAACUUAACAACACCUGAAAGUGAGUCAGCGGUAUUUUUUGAACAAGGUGCUACAAGAAUUGGAGGCUCUUAUAAAAAGCUGGUUUAUCGUGAGUACACAGAUGCCUCCUUCACACAUCAAAAGGAGAGAGGCCCCAAAGAGGAACAUCUUGGCCUCCUCGGUCCGGUCCUUUGGGCAGAGGUGGGAGACACCAUGCGAGUUACCUUCCGUAACAAAGGAGAAUAUCCCCUCAGUAUUGAGCCGAUUGGGGUGAGAUUCAAUAAGAACAAUGAAGGCACACACUAUGGCGCGCAUGACACCUCCCCAAGUGGAAGUCCGCCUCCUCCUUCAGCCUCCCAUGUGGCACCCAAAGAAACAUUCACCUAUGAAUGGACUAUCCCCAAAGAAAUAGGACCCACUUAUGCAGACCCUGUCUGUAUAUCUAAGAUGUAUUAUUCUGCUGUUGACCCCACCAAAGAAAUAUUCUCUGGGCUUAUUGGGGCAAUGAAAAUAUGCAAGGAAGGAAGUUUACUUGCAAAUGGGAAACAGAAAGAUGUAGACAAGGAGUUCUAUUUGUUUCCUACAGUGUUUGAUGAGAAUGAGAGUUUACUCCUGGAUGAUAAUAUUAGAAUGUUUACAACUGCACCUGAUCAGGUGAAUAAGGAAGAUGCAGACUUUCAAGAAUCUAAUAAGAUGCACUCCAUAAACGGAUUCAUGUACGGGAAUCAGCCCGGUCUCAAUAUGUGCCAAGGAGAUUCAGUCGUAUGGUACUUAUUCAGUGCUGGAAACGAGGCUGAUAUCCACGGGAUAUACUUUUCAGGAAACACGUAUCUCUCAAGAGGAGAAAGGAGAGACACAGCGAACCUCUUCCCUCAAACAACUCUUACCCUCUUCAUGAAGCCUGACACUGAAGGGACUUUUGAUGUUGAGUGCCUCACUACCGACCACUACACAGGCGGCAUGAAACAAAAAUACACUGUGAACCAAUGCAGGAGGUUGUCUGAAGACACAACCUUGUACCUGGAAGAGAGGACAUACUACAUCGCAGCAGUGGAGGUGGAAUGGGAUUACUCUCCAAGCAGAGAAUGGGAAAAGGAGCUGCAUCAUUUACAAGAGCAAAAUGUUUCAAAUGCAUUUUUAGAUAAGGAAGAAUUUUACAUAGGCUCAAAGUACAAGAAAGUUGUGUAUCGGCAAUACACAGAUAGCACGUUCCGAACUCCACUGGAGAGAAAAGCGGAAGAACAACAUCUGGAAAUUCUAGGUCCACAACUUCAUGCAGAUGUUGGAGACAAGGUUAAAAUUAUCUUUAAAAACAUGGCCACACGGAUCUACUCAAUACAUGCCCAUGGGGUAAAAACAGAGAACCCUACAGUUAUUCCAACAUUACCAGGUGAAACUCGAACUUACAUGUGGGAAAUCCCAGAAAGAUCUGGAGCUGGAAUGGAGGAUUCAGCUUGCAUUCCAUGGGUUUACUAUUCAACUGUGGAUCAAGUUAAGGAUCUCUAUAGUGGAUUAAUCGGCCCAUUGAUAGUUUGUCGGAGACAUUACCUGAAAGUAUUUAACCCCAAAAAGAUCCUGGAAUUUUCCCUCCUGUUUCUAGUUUUUGAUGAGAAUCAAUCUUGGUACUUAGAUGAAAACAUCCAAACAUAUUCUGAUCACCCAGAGAAAGUAAACAAAGAUGAUGAUGAAUUCAUAGGAAGCAAUAAAAUGAAUGCAAUUAAUGGAAGACUGUAUGGAAACCUACAAGGCCUCACAAUGCAUGUGGGCGAUGAAGUCAACUGGUACCUUAUGGGAAUGGGCAAUGAAAUAGACUUACACACUGUCCAUUUCCAUGGUCACAGUUUCCAAUACAAGCACAGGGGCAUUUACCGUUCUGAUGUCUUUGACAUUUUCCCUGGAACAUUCCAAACCCUAGAAAUGUUUCCAAAAACACCUGGAACCUGGUUACUCCACUGCCAUGUGACUGACCACAUUCAUGCUGGAAUGGAAACCACUUACAAUGUUCUACCGAAUGAAGAGACCAAGUCUGGCUGAAAGAAAUGAAUUGGUGAUAAGUGGAAAAAAGGAAAAAACAAUGAUUCAUAAUAUAUGUAAAAGUGUUGAAUACAAUGUUUACUUUGGAAACAUUGUAAGCAUUAAAAAAAAAAGACUGAAAACAUAUUAUGGGAGAUAUUGUAUUGCCUUGUUGCAGAUGGAAAGAUCAAUAGGCUGUAUUAUUAUAUAUGAUGGACAUUAGUACACAAGGUAUAACUGAUUCCUAUAGGCCACUCAUACCACUAGUACUGGGGCUUUGCAAAACAGCAUUUAAAAAAAAAAAAAAAAAAAAAA